UUCCAGGGGCCAAUACUAACCAAGUAGCAUCCAUUCGUUGCUGCUAACUUUCUAGCUUGAGGACCUCGGCCAGUACUCUAUCCCCAUUGCACCGAUACUAUCCCUUCAUGCGCAUUUUUGUCACGAGAGCUGUGCUUCGCCGUGUUUAGAUACCAAGUAGCUCCAAACAGCUCUCCGAGCAGUGAAGCCUGUCGAUCGUCGCGAAGGAAAGUGAUCGCACCUCAUUAUACCUGGCUUUUUGUAGAGAAUAGAAGCGAGGUCUUCUGAGGAGGAGCUAUGCCUCUUGUUGAUGGUAUGAAUGCCUUGGACGAAGCGCUAGAGGCUCCCGAAUGGAGCAGCCUUGAAGCCGUCAGGGAAGCUAUUCGGAAGCAGCUGACCCAGCAAGGCCCAGAAGCUGCAAAUCCGUCGGAAGGCGUUAUAAAUCACUGGUCCGGAGAAAUGAUGGGUGUGUUGGACGACAUGAGCAGCGCCAGAGCCGACGCCAUGAGGAAUGUGAAACCUGGAGAUCGAAGAGCAUGGAAGGUGUGCGAGGAGGGUCCCGAUCAUCGCGCCAUGGUGCGGAAGGGACCGGAGGGGACGGAGGUGCACACGCUGCUGAUGGAGGGGGUGAUCAACGGGUCCGUGGAAGCAGCCGUCGCCAUGACGCGUGACGUCACCUUUUUUAAGGAAUGGUGGCCGCAGCAGAACAUGCCCGUGUACAAGGUUAUUGAGAACCGGUACCUGAAGCGCAUCGGUGACGGCUUCGACCUCACCUACAUGAGGUUCAGGACCCCCUGGCCGUUCCCUGGCAAGGAGUUCGCCUUCAUGCUGCUGAGCGUCUACGAUGCCAACACGGGGCUGGUUACCACGGUCCUUCAGACGCCACCAGAGGACAACAAUCUCAUCGACCCCUGCAAGCACGGGUUCCCCAGGGAGGCCGUCCCCCCCGUGCCAUCUGGCGUGGCCCGCAUGGCCAUCAACGGCGGAUUCACCGUGAAGGAUCUCGGCGAGAACCGCUGCCACUACCGGGGGAUCUUCACCGUGGAUCUCAAGAUGCCGCCCGCGCUGGUCAACUUCGUGACCAAGGGGUUCGGCGGGAUGCUGUUCACCGUGUUCAGCAAGGAGGUUGAGGUGGACCUGGCGGACACCAAGGGCCCCAAGGGGCCGGCGUUCCGGAAGGUUCUGGAAGAGGAGCAGCUGUACGUGCGGAUUAGAGAGGCCAUGAGUGAGCACAGAGCUCUUGAGGAGAGGAAGCAGCAGUGGAGGCUUGGAGGGGGAAAGGGUGGAGCAGCAGCAGCAGCAGCAGGGGAGGAGAGAGCGAGGGUGGACGAGGGGUGGGAGGGGGACGAGACGGAUGGAGGAGAAUCCGAGGCGUUUUUCUCUCCUGCCUCCUCCUUCUCCUCUGGCCUCCCUGUCAACUCCCUCCCUCCCUUGUCCCUCGACCACACUUUUGCCGAUGAUGAAGCUAACUCUAACAUCUCGCCAGCCACAGCCAAGCUGCAUGAUGCCACCCUGGGCAUGCACCACCGCACGAGUGCUGCUACUCACUGCAGAUCUGCCGCUGCUAGGAGGGUGGUCGCGCCUGCAGCAGAGGCAGGAGCAGCAGGAUGGGUUGGCAGAGGCAGGUUUGGCUUCCGCUCCAGCAGGCGAAAUGCACAAGAGAAAGCCAGCAGGCUCUCAGCAGCAGCCCCCUCCUCUUCCUCCUUGCCCACGUGCUCCUCCUCCCACCCCACUCCGCCAUCCCCAACUUCCUCCCUUGCCUCCUCCCUCUCCCAAGCUCGGCUCGAGGGACUUGGCUUGGUCUCUGUGGAAUCUUCAGCGCAUGCACCAGCAGCCUAUCAGGCCCCCCACAGUGACCUAUACCAGCAGAUGCGGCCGGGUGAAUUCGACAGGAUCAUGGCUGGUGGGGCUUCAGAAGGCAGGCAAAGAUUUGGCCGCAGUGGCAGGAGCAAUGGGGAGUCAGGAAGUGGUGGAGGAGGCGGUAGGCUGUUUGGAAGCAGCUGGAGAUUCGGCAGCAGCAGUGGCGGCAGCAGAAGGGAUAGUGAUGGUUGUGGGGCGAGGAGGAAAAUCCCGGGCAGCCCAGGCCUUGGCCUCUGGUGGAAGGGGAGAUCAGCUCGCAUUGCUGAUGAACCUCUUGACGCAGUUUGUAUGGCAAAUGAUCAUGGUGAUGUGACAGCGCCACUUGCUGGCUCUGGUUACCAGCCCCACAGAAGGUUCAGCAGGACCUCAAGCAGUGUGGGACUAAGCCAAGAGGAUCACGCAACGCAGGCUUCAGCUCUCGCAGCAGCACCGCCACCACCCCAUCUAUGGUUGGAGUCUCCAACUCAAGAUAGUAGCAACCGAAGGGGCAGCAUUGGCAGCUGCUCGUCUGCAAGUUCAAGUCCAGUGGCAUGGGAGAAGAGGAAAUCAUUUACAUCAGGCAAGGAGCGAUGCAGCGGGCAUGCCGGUGGGCUGGCAUCAGGUGUUUUGAGCCCUGGAUGGGAGUCUGGGAGCACGAAGAGCACCAGCAGUUGUAGCAGCAGCAGCAGAAGUGGCACUGGUAGGAGCAAUAGCCAAGCCAGCAGCCCAAUUCACGGUCGGCUCAAAGCAGCUGUUGGUGGUUCGUCAGAUGAUGGUGGUGCUGCGGCCAGGGCUGGUACUAGCCAAGGAUACAGCGAAGAUUGGAUGGCACAGCCAAAGCAGCAGCUGGAGAUGAAACGACGGCAGGCAAAGGAGAGAAGGUUUCUCAACUUCUUGAAGGGAGGGCGUCAGAUGGACAUUGGUGCUCGCUGAUGUGGCUGGUUUGUGAGUGCGGCUCCAUGUUUGGUUACGUGCUACUGGCACUGCUGAUACGUAAUUGGAGCUCCAGUGUUGGGUGUGUGGAAUACUUCAAUGCGAAAACAAUUGGCCAUUUUCUUCGCACUUGAGUAGGCGGCACACACCGGCUGUUCAACACUCCCUUGUGUUGGAAAUGAUGAAACGACUUAAAGCCCUGGUCCCAAAUUGGUCAAGCAGGCAUCAAACGGGGCCCAGUUUGAUGCUGACCGCGCUCGCGAACUACCCAACAAAAAAAUCGAAGCUGGUAUAUGUAGGGUGGAUCAAGUUUGCAAACCGGGCCCAGUUUUAUUCGUGCAGUUUCCACCCGCUCACCCCAAAUUCUGCCCAUUGACUUGCGUGAACUAAUUUGGGAUCUGGGCUUUAAGCAUUUCAGGAGUCUCGCAUGCAUUACAAAUACGCGAGAACCGCAACAUCGAGGAGUGGCGAGUCAAACCUGCUACAGUACCUUCUGAUGGUUGACGCAGGUUGACGACAACUCACGAAGUGCGAAGGGCACGGGUUACAGUGUCAAUCAACGUAUACAUAUGCAUGGCAUGUAUGGUUAUAAGCUAGAUGGGUUUAUGCUCUUAGAGAGUACAACACACAACCCAUAUAUCUCCCUUACAAGGGUUCAACUGCCUCAACUUCCGCUGCACUACUCCAAGUCUCAAGUCUCUACAGCUGGGACUUAGUCUCUGCAAAAGAUCCUAAGGGCUUUUCUCAGCCCAACAUGUACAAGGGUUCAACUGCCUCAACUUCCGCUGCACUACUCCAAGUCUCAAGUCUCUACAGCUGGGACUUAGUCUCUGCAAAAGAUCCUAAGGGCUUUUCUCAGC